CAAUUGAACAGAGUCGCAUAACGUGCUGGUAUGAGUGUCCUGCCCAUGGCGGCAUGAAGCAUCUCGGGCUGCAUUACCGCGAGGUACCUGACGAUUAGCGCCGCACCCCGCAACUCCUCUACCAUCCAUCCCAACUCCCCGAAGAUCUGCCACCACCACUCGGUUUCUGGCCAUCCUUCCGCGCAUCACGAGCGCAUGUAGAGCUGCUUCAGGCAAAGUAAAGAUGCAAUAUGGCAACCCAAAUCUGGAAGAUCUAUGCUCUCCAUUCCGCCGGCGCAAUGGCUGAGCGCGGUAUAGCUGUCGCUGCUAACAACGUACUUAUGUAUUGGAUGAAGCUCACAUUUCAGGACCCCUAGCAACCCUCUAUAGGCCAUUGCGAACAUUCAUCAUGCGUGCGACAUUAUUUGCUCUCAUCCCUCUCGCUCUCGCAGCACCCGCCAUACUCCACCGACAAGCCACGAAACCCAUCUACUGGCUCCUAGCCGGCGACUCAACCACCGCCACCAAUGGCGGCUGGGGCUACGCUUUCCUCUCCACAACCGUUGCGAGCGGUUCAACAGGCCACAACUACGGACAUAGCGGCGCGACAACGAGAUCCUUCCGUGCCGGCGGCGACUGGGCCAACGUGACCAGAGACAUCGGCACGUACAAGGAGGAUUAUAGGGUCUACGUGACGAUUCAGUUCGGCCACAACGACCAAAAGCCCGCCUCGGGCGUCUCCCUAACUGACUACCGCACCAACCUCGCAACCUUCGCCUCCGAAGUCUUACAAGCAGGCGCAACACCCAUCCUCCUCUCCCCCCUCACCCGCCGCACAUUCAACACGACUACCAGCCGCGUCAUCGAGAACCUGUCGAACGAAACCGCCAUCACACUCGACGUCGCCCAGUCCAACGACCUGCACGUCAUAGAUCUGAACAAAGCGUCGACGGCGUAUGUAAACGCAAUUGGGCAGAAGGGCGCGGACACGUAUAACUGGGGUGAGAACGGCACGACGGGGAAUGAUCGCACGCAUCUGAAUCCGUGGGGUGAAGUGGUGUUUGCACGGAUGGUGAGUGAUUUGUUGGUAGCUAAGUAUGGGGAGGAGUUUGGCGAGUGGACAGCGAGAAAUGAGACAUUGAGUGCGUUGAUUAGGGAUGGGAAGGUAGCUUAGGUGGGUGCUGGUAAGAUGUUGGACGAACGAGAGGAACGUGAAGAUAGCUAGGUCGAUCCGAAAGAAUUACAUUUGCGCGCAUGU